AUGCCUGCAGCUUUUUCUUUAAUCCUUCGUAAUGAUGCAGGUGAAUUCCAACAAAGUAGAGCUGGGCCAAUCUCAGCUACUUCCCCUGAAGAAGCGGAAGCAAUAGUCUUGCAACAAGGAGCGAAAUGGACAUUUGAAAUGGGACCGAAAAAAAUUUGGGUGGAAGGAGACUGCAAAAGCCCGAUGGACUAUUUGAAUGGGAAAGAAGCUGAAAUUGAAUGGCGAAACCAAGCCAUAAUGGAAGAAGUCAAGAAAGAUUUUAAUUUGUGUCAAAAAAAAUUGGGUUUUACUUAUGUUCCUAGAGCUGCAAAUAGUGUAGCAGAUAUCUUGGCCAAAGAGGCAAAAAACUUUAGAAUAAAUUUGAAUUGGAGUAGAACUCCUCCUUCUUGUAUUACAAAUGCUCUUGAAGUAGAUAAAUCUAAUGUUAGGAUGGACUCUUCCAAUCCUACAUUGAAUGGCUUUACUUACUAUGAUUUUGAUAUUACAAUAAUCAACAAAGGGUUACUAUCGGGGUCAAUGGCACGCGUUGCCAUAUGGUAUAAAGGGAAGAUUGUCGAUGACAACCCGCACAAUCCAAAGUAUGUGGGUGGGAAAUUCAAAAUGUUUGAUGUUGGUGAGAAUAUAACAUUGGUGGAUAAAACAUCUACUGGUUCCCAAGAUAGUCGUGUUCGGGUUCAAGGCUCAUCCUCAGCACAUGUCGUUCCAGAGCAGCCAAAUUUGAACCUUCUUAAGACGAGAAGCAGUACCACAGUACGGACACGUGCGAUGAGGAGGCAAGAACAAGCUCCAUCUGUCCUUUCUAGGGAAACCGUGGUAGCAGAUGUUGCAGAUAGUUCGAGUUCCUCCUUGGAUGAUGAACAACACAAUGAACCAUUGUUGACCUCUUCUUGGGAUGGUGGGCAGGAUGAAAUGGAAUUUCUAACUGAUAAUCCAACACGCCCGAACACUCAAGCAUCUGGGAGGCAUAGAUCAGUUUCCAAAGCAGAUGUAGGAGGCAGUAGGUUCACUAGUGCAGAUCUUAAUGCUCCUAUUCUGACAAGCUCCGCUCUAGACAAUGAGUUUUGUGUGGGUCAAAUCUUUGAGACGAAGCAGAAAUUAAAGUUUGCUUUGCAUGAUACAGCAGUAAGGUCCAGGAGAGAUUUGAGGGCCUGUAAAAGCGACCAGCAAAGAGUAGAGUGGAAAUGUGGAGGAAAAGGCUGUGGAUGGUGCAUUCGGGGAAAUAAAAUUGGUGAUUUGCCAUCAUUUAGAAUUACUCGGUAUUUGAAACCUCAUACAUGUAAACCACUAGAAGGGCAGUUGGAUCACAAGAAAGCAUCAGUUGAUUGGAUUGCUGCUCAGGAAAAAGAGAUGCUGAAGAUUCAGCCAGAUUUAAGCACCAAAGAGAUCGUUACAAACAUCGAAAAGCGGUUUGGUAUCAGAAUUUCAAGUACAAAGCCAAAAAGGGCUAUGACAUCAGCAAAAGAAUCUCUUCAUGGUCUUGAGAGAGAAUUUACCAGCAAAGGAGAUGGGACAGUAACGAAUCUGAUUGUCAACAAUGAUGGAACAUUCAGAAGUUUCUUUUGGGAAUUUGGACCAUGUAUAGAAGCUUUUAACAUUUGCUUGAGGCCAGUAAUGAUAAUGGACAGUACAAUCCUAACAGGACUUUACAGUGGAGCGCUACUGAUGGCUUGUGGAGUUGACGGAGAGAACGAAAUUGUGCCAAUUGCAUUUUCAGUGGUUGAGGAGGAGAAUGACGACGUCUGGGGUUUCUUUGCACAAUGCGUACAAAACCUCGUCUUGGGUCCAAGUCGUAAAGAACUAACCAUUAUCACACACAUGAAAGACUCAAUUCUCACGUCAAUAAAGCAAUUUCUACCAUUAGCCCAUCAUUCAUUCUGCCUUCAGCGCCUGACAGAGAAUUUUGUCUCUAAGUGCCAUGAAAAGAUUCUCGAGGAUUUAGUAUGGCGAUGUGGGACAGCAUUCACUAGAAAAGAGUGUGACUACUUCCUUGAGCAUUUAAGAAGAGGGAACACGCAAGCUUCAUAUUGGUUGGAAGCAGUGGAUAAGAGCUUAUGGACAACAAGCUAUUUUAGUGGGUGCAGGUACGACAUUUACACAACAAAACUAACUGAAAGCUUCAAAGCCAUUAUUGGUGACGUCCUAGACCUUCCUAUCACUGGACUGGUUCUCGGAACACGUACUAAGGUUGCGGAUUAUUUGUAUAAGCGUCAACAGGACGUGUCGGAUAUUGCCAAUGGAUUGACAAAGCACUAUGCAAGACUAAUGGAGAUUUCUCAAUUAGAAUCAAACAUUUAUAAUGUAACACACUUCAGUCUGCAUGAGUCACGAGUGUAUAUCCAAGACGAAGAGUUUUCAGUGAACUUAGAUGGACGCACAUGUUCGUGUCGUCAGUAUCAGUUAAUGGGAAUGCCAUGUGUCCAUGCAAUUGCGGCAAUACAAGCUCGGCAUUACAACAUCUAUGAUUACUGUGCGUAUUGGUACACAGUUGAAACAUACCGUCAAACUUAUUCAAAGACACUUUCUGCUAUUCAAAGUUGUAAUGAUUGGCCUUGUGGGCCGAACGACUCUCCAAUUUUGCCACCAACAUGGCAGAAGAGAGUGGGUCGUCCAAAGCGUAAGAGCAUAGAAUCUCAGUCACUUGUUCGUGGUGGUACAGUACGAUGCGGAAAGUGCAAGGAACCUGGACACAACCAACGUAAAUGUGGGGUCAAGUCAGCAUAA